UCGCGAGACUCGCUCACUGGCGCGGAUACGUACCAGGAAAAGAAGAGGUUCAAUUUCGGUCUUUCAGUCUUCAGCCCUGAAUGUUGUGUCUGCAUUUUGAGUCAAACGCUUUAAACGCAAUACGUUAAGGGAUACUAAUUUCGCGUAAACCAAGUCGCACUGCUUUAUUCUAGCUUGUAGGUGUAGCAUAGGUCGCUAGUUGUCUCACGUUAACCUCCGAGGGAAAAAAAAGGGUCGACGUAUGUCCAUGUCAAUAAUGGACCCGGAACAGAAGACGAGCUGGAUAUUAACCGGUGCAACCGUCGCCUGUGUGCUUGCUCUCUAUGUGCCAUCUGUGCAGAGAACAGUCCCCGGCGGAGAUUCAGGAGAGCUGAUCACCGCUGCCUGUGAGCUGGGGGUGGCCCAUCCUCCCGGAUACCCCCUCUUCACACUGCUAGCUCGCAUGGCCAUGUGUCUUCUGCCCACACUUUCACCAGCCCACAGCGUCAACCUAAUGAGCAGCGUGCUGGGGGCAGUGGCAUGUGGCGCCCUCUGCAUGACUGUAUGCAGGUUGGUAGGUCCUGGUCCUGGAGCAGCACUGGCUGGAGGAGUCUUUGCCGUUUCCAGGCUGAGUUGGCAGUGGUCAGUGGUUGCCGAGGUUUUCACCCUCAACAAUCUUUUCACUGGGCUGCUCAUCUUCUUUGCUGCCAGCUUUCACUCGGCUACGAAUGCAUCUGAGAGGCGAAAGCAUUCACAGUGGGGGGCGCUUUGCUGCGGGCUGGGACUCAGCAACCAGCAUACCCUGGUGCUUUAUGUACUUCCAGUCAUCCCGUGGGUCUUGCAUAGACUCCGCUCACACGGGGAGCUGUCUCUCCGUAGCCUCAUGUGGAUGGGAAUGUGCUUCCUGCUGGGUUUUCUUCCCUACAUCUUCCUGCCUUUUUCCUCUUACGUGAACGCUGCCCGUUGGACCUGGGGUGACCAGACCACUAUAUCGGGCCUGCUAACCCACCUGCUCAGGGCUGAAUAUGGUACCUUCAGUCUGGCAAAGACGGAGAGCUCUGCGAACCUGACGUCAUUGCUGAAGGCCCAGUGGGACCACUGCCUGGCAGACCUUUCUCUUCCUGUUGUGGCUCUGGCGGCAUUGGGCCUCCUUCUCACCUCAAUGGAUAGCAUGUAUCGCUCCAUGUCCUGGCUGUUGAUUUCCAUGCUGCUCAUAUACUCACUGUUUUUUGCUUGGAGGGCAAACUUGGACAUCAGUAGACCUUUACUGCUUGGAGUGGUAGAGCGUUUUUGGAUCCAGGGUGAUGCUAUAUUGUGUGUGCUGGCUGGACUCGGCUCCAGCCUUACUCUCACUCGGUUGGAGCGGUGGCUAGGCCAUGGGGGGUUUUGGAAGACCACAGCCUGGGUCUUCACCACGGCUCUACUGGUAAACAUGAUGCACACGAAUCACAGGGAAUGUGACCAGAGCAACAACAGCGUGGUGGAACGCUUCGGCAGGGAGCUUUUAGCCUCCUUCCCAACGGACUCCAUCAUCCUGACCAGAGGAGAUCUGCCGGGGAACUCCCUCCGCUACCUGCACUACUGUCUUGAUGUGCGGCCUGAUGUGCGCCUGGUCGACCAGGAAAUGAUGACAUACAGUUGGUAUGUCAGAAAGGUUGGGGCGCACCUCCGUGGGGUGCACUUUCCCGGCCGGCAAUGGGACUCCGUCCACUCUGAGGAGAAAGGCACCUUCAAUCUAGAGGAAUUUCUGAUGCACAACUCCCAGAGGGACGUGUUUGCCUGUAUUGGGCUGCCUGAUGGAGACCCGAGUUGGGGUCGUAGCUUCUCCCGCUGGCCCUUUGGUGUGUGUGACUUCUUGGUUUCUGCUCGGAGGCAGUUUCACCCCAAAGAGUGGGCGAGUCGCACACACAAUCUUUACAACUGGAGCGAGCCACACAACCAUUUCCACUCUGCAUCCUGGGAGCGUGUGGCUAACGAGGAGAUGUGGCAAGCCAGGAUAAAGACGGCUUUCUUUCUGUUUGACCUGGCAGAGGGGUUGCAGCGAGAGGGCAAAUCUGACCUCUUUGAGCUGUCUUACACUUUGUAUAAGGCGCUUGUGGAGUCCGCCUCCAACUAUCCUUCAAACUGGGACAAGAACCUGGCACUGGCCUGCGAGAGGCUGCUGCGCUCAGGUCACCAAGGCCACAGUCCAGACACCUUGUUGACCUGCAGCAUCCAGCACUUCAGCCUAUACUUGGACAAGGAACCCACAGACUCGCAGGCUCCCGCCAUCCGCUCGGCCGUUGCACACCUGUUGAAAGAAAGAGCCCGCCACCGCCAGAGCCUCGGGCAAACCACCUGACAGGUUUGACCGGACACCCAGAAGUUGUGAAACUGACCUGAGAGCGGACAAGCUUCUUGUUCCGCUGGCUCUCCAGAAGGAAGCGCAAUAAUGUACCGGUCGUGGUGUUUUGUCAGGGUUUUGACUAAAUUGCCACAUUGGGUGAACUGAAUCAGAGUAAUGUGGUGAGCGAGCUGGACUACAGGAAGCCUCGAAUGACCCCAAUCAAGUGUGCCCCAUUAGACUCCGGCACUUGAUUGCUUUAUCAUUACAUCGUGUCUUCCGUUUGCCCCCUCCUCUCUUGCUCAGGCAGCUUUUAAUGUACUGAUUAUUUUUGCCUUGGCCGACACUCCGCUUCUCUUUUUCCCCCCCUUUCACAUUAGGAUGACGAGAUUGAGGGAAACCCAAUUUGGGGGCAGAAAUAGGGGAUUAGAGCAGCUGUUUAAUCUAGGACAGACUCGCACUGUGCCACCCAGUCCCGGCACUCGCCACCCAUCCCCCUGUCCAUCCAUCAGUCUAUCUUAGACAGUCUUUUAAAUGUUUAAAACUAAUGCAUUCGAUUAGGCCCCCCCAUCCCCCACUCCCUCACACACUCUUCCGUCCUAACGGGAGGCCUGUAAUCCUUCGUGGAUUUAAAUGAAAUGUCACAAUGCCACAGACCCUUUUAAAGUGCGUGUGCGCACACGUGUCAGUUUUUUUUAAAAAAACGUACGCAUGUGCCCGAACAUGCGUCGAUCUCAACUAAAGUCCUCCCCUUGCCAGACACAUGCAGAAAUACGCUCGGUAAAUGGGUCAGUGCACCCCGAAUAUCUGAGAAGUUUUGAUGAAUCCAGACACACGCUUGACAUGCACGCUCCCGCAGAAAUGGAUGCGUGUUUGUGGUCACCCCGGACAUACGAGUGAGACUUCAGAUGAAGGAACCAGAUAUUGACGUCCCAUUGAUGUUGUAAGAAGAUUGAUGGCAGUCAGUUGCUUGCUACAUUGAAAGUUGCGGUUGUUUGAACACAUUUUCCACCUUUUUGUGUCCAAAGUCGUUUUCUUGUUGGUAUAAUAAAGAAUUGGGGAACACAGAA